AUGCGCAUCGGCAUUGCCACGUCCCCAGAUGGGAUGCACCUCCACCGCGUUGCAACUUCCGGUGCUGCUGCUGCUGCUAGUGGUGUGAGUGGCACUGGUGGUGCGCUGUUAGCACUACACGACCGUGUAACAGAUGAUCUGUUUGUAGCCUGGCCGCGUGUGCUCACUCCCUCCAUGCUCGACCGUGCCACGCCUGCUGCUGCCUCCCACCCUGCUCAAGCAACUCUACCUCAGCACCUCUGGCUCAUGACCUACAGCGCCAUGUCCUCCGCGUCCCCCUCCUGCAUCCUCCUCGCCUCCUCCCCCAACGGCCUCUCCUGGACCCGCCACGGCCCCAUCCUCUCCCCCGGCGCGCCCGGUGCAUGGGACGCGGCAGGGGUGGGGCGGCGCCACGUGACUGUGCAUGCGGGUGUGCUUGCCAUGUGGUAUGCGGGCGUGGGGGGGAUGGGAGGCAUGGCAUUGGGCUAG